AUGACCAAGCGAAUGAUUCUGAGUGAACUGGCCAAGGUAUUUGACCCCAUUGGGUUUACUGGUGCCUUCCUGAUCCGAGGUAAGAUCCUGAUGCAGAAGCUGUGGCAAAUGGGUGUCGAUUGGGAUGACGACUUGCCUCCAGAACCAAAGGCUAAAUGGAGGAACUUCUUCACAGAACUGCAGAGCUUGAAUGGAGUAUCAUUUGAUCGAUGCCUGAUGCCAGAGCCAGACUUUCCUGUGGAGUUAAUAGUGUUUUGCGAUGCAUCCGAAGAUGCAUUUGGCGCAGUUGCCUACACGAGAUCAAAGAAUGAGAACGGUUCGUUUGAUGUGAGAUUUGUGGCUGCAAAAUCGAGGGUAGCUCCACUCAAGGCCCUGACGAUUCCGAGAUUGGAGCUACAGGCAGCACUGUUGGCUACUAGACUCUAUGCAUCAGUAGUCAGGGAGACAUCAAAUGAGUUUGAGAGAGCCAUAUUCCUGUCAGACAGUGUGAUUGUCCUAUCAUGGAUACGUGGCCAAUCACGACAGUACAAGUCCUUUGUUGCAAACAGAGUGGCGGAAAUUCAGAGCCAAACCGAUCCUUCUGACUGGAGGCAUGUCCCAGGAGAGCACAAUGUUGCAGACAAGAUUUCAAGAGGGGUCAAAGUCGAACAAUUACAAGGCACCUGGAAGGACGGGCCAGGAUUCUUAAGAGAACCAGAAGAAAAUUGGCCAAAGUCGCUCCCCAAGGCUGAAGAAAGGGAAGUAAACAGAGAAAAGAAGGAGAAAACUGUGCUAAUGGUGAAGGAAGCGGCAGAUGCAAUAGACUGCAACAAGUUCUCCAGUUGGAGAAAGUUGAUCCGUGUGACUGCAUAUGUCUUCCGUUUCAUCUCGCAUCUGAAAUCGAAGCAGAGAGACCAUGACGGUUCGUUAACAGUUGAAGAAUUGACCUCUGCUGAGAACCACUGGCUGGUUGAGGCCCAGAAAUCACUUCAUGGGCGACUUGAGAAAGGAGAGUUUAAGUCACUUAGUCCAUUUGUGAAAGACGGGAUGACCUAUGUUGGAGGAAGGGGUCAUCUUGGAAAACUUUCUUAUGACAGACAGCACCCUGUGCUACUCCCCAGAAGCCACCACAUAUCAUACCUGAUCACGAAGAAUGUCCAUGAGCGAGGGCACUACGGAGUGGCGACGACAGCAACCAAGGUCAGAAGCAAGUACUGGGUAACCGGCGGAACAAGCUUGGCAAAGAGUGUAAAAUUCAGGUGUGUCAUGUGCCGGGUUUUUGAGCGCAAAACAGAAAUACAGUACAUGGCCAAUCUGCCUAUUGAGAGAAUGGCACCGUUUACACCACCUUUCUACUACACGUCUUGUGACUAUUUUGGACCGUUUGGUGUGAAAGUAGGCCGAAACAAAGCAACAAAGCACUACGGGGUAAUUUUUACCUGCCUAAAUACGCGAGCCGUGCAUCUUGAAGUUGCCGUUGAUUGUUCGACGAUGGAAUUUCUUCAAGUCCUUAGAAGAUUUCUUGCUGUACGAGGUCACCCGAAGCUGAUUCAGAGUGACAAUGGAACCCAGUUUGUAGGGGCAGAAAGACAGUUGAGAGAGAUGGUUAAUGGGUGGAAUGUGACCAAGUUGAAGGACUUUUGUGCUGAGAGACAAAUAUGCUGGAAAUUCACAACACCUCUUGCACCACAUCAGAAUGGAUGUGCGGAAGCCUUAGUGAAGAGCUGUAAGCGAGCUCUUAAGAAGGCUAUUGGAGAACAACGGUUGACCCCAUUUGAGCUUCAGACGUGUCUGCAAGAAGUGGCGAAUCUUGUCAAUGAAAGGCCCAUUGGCAGGCAUCCAACUGAUCCUGAUGAUGGCAGCUACAUCUGUCCGAAUGAUAUUCUGCUUGGUCGAGCAUCAAACAGGGUACCCCAGGGGCCAUUCCGAACUAGCAGGAAUCCCAGAGAGAGAGUUGAGUUUGUUCAACAAAUUGUGACGUCCUUCUGGAAAACCUGGAUAAGGGAUGUUCAUCCAGCUCUUGUUACAAGGAAGAAGUGGUGUGUCCACAGACGGAAUGUUUGUGUUGAUGACGUGGUUAUUCUUGCCGAGCCGAAUCUUAUCCGAGGGAAGUGGAACAUUGGAAGAGUAACUGAGGUCUACCCAGGAGAAGACGGACAUGUGCGCAAUGUCAAGGUAACCACAGCUCAUGGAGAUUAUCGCCGACCAAUAACCAAGAUCGCAGUUAUUUACCCGGUUGAAGGAUAUGAGAACUGA